AUGCCGAAAAAACACAAGGCUCCCUGGGGAUUCAAUGGCUACGGCGCGUGGAACCGCAGGCAUGCGGUGCGAAGUGCUCUCCGCCUGCCGGUGCCGCCCGGCGAGUUCCGCCAUCCCGAUUUCGCCGCGGCGUUCGCGAAAGCGGACCGUGAUGCCGCCAAGCAGCGCGUGUCGCCCGCGCCCGCCACCGAGGAGACUGCUCCAAAGGUGGCGGCUCCCGGCGGCGCGGACGGGCCGGACCUGCGGAGCCGCGAGACGCUCGACGCGAGCGUUUUUCACAACGCGGACAUCCUGGCGCCGUACACGGUGGCCAUAGAGGGCGAAGCUUCGGUGUUCUCCUUCGGGACGCUAGAAGACGUAUGGUUUCGUCUCGUCCACGAGUUGAGUUGGUCAAAAUUAAUCGUGGGCGAGCUCCUGUCGGAAAUGCUCGUGAUCUUACUCUGCGGGUCGCUGCUCACGCUGGCGCAGGUCAUCGAAGAGCAAAACGUCCGCUUCCGGGACAACGUCAUCCUCGCGCUGACGACGGUCCGGCUGAGCACGGAUAAGAUUUUUGGCUGGCAGCCGACGAAAGCUUCAACGCCGCUCGAGAUCACCGUGCUGGCGAUCUACGGCUGGAUUCACUGGCUACUUUUGAGUGUCGCCUCGGCGCUGAUCGUCGCGCGCGCGCUCCGGCCGGCGCGCUCGGGCAUCUUCAGUCCGGACAGCGUGGUCAACGACGACAGCCUGCAAGUGCGCUUCAUGGUGCUGCGCAACUCGAACCAGUCGAGCAUGGGCUUCCUCUACAACAUGGAGUUCACGAUGCAAGGCAUGACGUCGAGCGGGCAGACCGUAGAUCUGCCUCUUGUGCGGUCCCGCUAUGCGACGUGGCGGAACCAAUGCAAUAUCAUCACGCUACGGCACAGCGUGAAGGACGCGGCCUCGCCGUUCAACGCGGGCUAUCCGGGCGGAGCGCAAAAGGUCGAGACCGUGUUUGUCACUCUCGCCGCGUUAGAUAUUGAUGGGAACCAGGUGAUGCUGUCGGCGGUCUACUACGACCCGACGCUGCUGUCCAGCGCGAUUGAAAGAAGAGCGCGACCGUUCUCGCGGAUCCUUCGGAACCAUCGAUACGUCGACAUGUAUCGCGUCGCGCGCCACCCGGCGACGGGAGCGAUGGCGACGAAGGAACCCAAGUACGUCUGCAACCUGGACAAUUUCAUCAAGACGCGGCCCAUCCAGGAGGGCGAGCCGGGGUUCAUCGAGAGCGCGCCUGACGCCUAG